UUUCUCCACAGAAAAAGAAAAAAAAAAGGGAAAAAUGGGAACAGGUUCUCGGAGUCCAAAAGACGGGCACGAAGUGCUACUGGGAAAGUACGAGCUCGGGCGCGUGCUCGGGCGCGGCACGUUCGCCAAGGUCUACCACGCGCGCGCGCUCUCCGACGGCACCAACGUGGCCAUCAAAGUUCUCGACAAACCCGAAGCCGUGUGCUCAGGCAUGGCCCCGCGCAUCCUGCGCGAAGUCUCGGCCAUGAGCCGUCUCUCCCACCCCAACAUCGUCCGUCUCCAUGAAGUCAUGGCCACCAAAUCCAAGAUCUAUCUCGUCAUGGAACACGCCCGCGGUGGCGAGCUCUUCGCCCGCAUCUCUCGACGUGGUCGACUUCCUGAACCCAUGGCUCGCCGAUACUUCCAGCAACUCGUCUCGGCGCUCCGCUUUUGCCACGCGCGCGGUGUCUCGCACCGUGAUGUUAAACCUCAGAACCUCCUUCUCGACCGCGAUGGUAAUCUCAAGAUCUCUGAUUUCGGGCUCUCUGCUUUGCCAGAGCACGUCAAGGAUGGACUCCUCCAUACGGCUUGUGGCACUCCGGCUUAUACCGCGCCGGAGGUCAUCCGCCGGAAAGGCUAUGAUGGUGCCAAAGCUGAUGCUUGGUCUUGUGGUGUCAUCCUCUUUGUCCUUCUCGCUGGUUUCUUGCCUUUUGAUGAUGCUAAUCUUCCGCUCAUGUACCGGAAAAUCCAGAAACGGGAUUAUGAGUUCCCACCUUGGUUUCCUCCGUCUGCUAAGCGUGUUGUUUUCCGGCUUCUGGAUCCUAACCCGGAGACAAGACUCACCAUUGAAGGUGUGAUGGAGCUUCCUUGGUUUAAGAGGUCUUUGAGUGUUGAUUCUCAGUUGAGCUUGAUGGAAAAUGAAGAGGAUACAACAACGAAGAAGAUGAUGAUUAGAACAAUAUCCAUGAAUGCUUUUGACAUCAUAUCUUUGUCAAAAGGAUUGGAUUUGUCAGGGAUGUUUGAAGGAGGGAGAGUGAGAGAACAGAGGUUUACUACAAAGGAAACAGUGGAGAAGGUUUCGGAGAGGAUUAGAGAGGUUGGGAUGAAACUUGGGUAUGAGUUUGAGAACAGGAAAGGUGGCAUUGUUGGGGUGGGGAAGGAUGGGUCUGUGUUGAAGGUGGAGGUGUCGGAGGUGGCGCCGCCAUUGUUGUUGGUGGAGCUGAAGGAAGAAGGGAGUACUGUUCAUGUGAGUGAUCAUGGAGAUGUUGAUAAUGGUAAUGGUGAACGUGUUAAGUGGGAUAAGAUGAGACGUGAGCUUGCAGACAUUGUGUUUGCAUGGCAUAAUCUUGAUGAUGAUGAUGAUACGUGAAUUUGAGGUUUGGUUUGGUUUAUUGUUUGAAUUGUAAAUAUUUGAUAAUGUUUGUGAUGAUUUUAAGGUUGUUGUUUUAUG